AUGGCGUCUUCAGCGUUGAAGACCUUUGUUUCGGACUCGCUCUUCAAGUUGCUCGGCUUCUCGGAAGCGUAUCUGGAAGAGUAUGUGGCGGCGCUGGCAGCGGCGGCCAAGUCCAAGCCGGAGCUGGAGCGCAAGAUUUCGGCGUGCGAGCUGCCGCCGGGACCGGCCACGGCGGCUUUUGUCGACGCGCUGUGGGCGCAGAUGCAGGGCGGCUCGCAGACGGGCGGCGCAGUGGCUAGCGGAACGCGGACUGUGCAUGCCGGGGUCGAUGCACUUGGUCGCGUGACGACUGCGGCCGUGGCCGAUGCAGUUCGGGCGAACGAGAGCGUGUCGCGGACGCUGGUGGAGAAGAACAAGAGCUACGGGUUCCUGCUCGCCGACGACGACGACGAUGAGCCAGUGGCCAGGGCCGAGCCGCGGGCGCGGCGAAAGCGCAAGCGCCGCAGGUCGCCGUCGACAGGCAGCAGUGGCUUCAAGUCGUCGUCGCGGCGCAAGCGACGCAGCCAGCGGCGUCACACUCGCACUGUUGUGAGUGGCGUCGCGGCGGAGAGCGGCGGCGGCGGCGGCAGCAGCAGCAGCAGCAGCAGCGGCAGCGGCGGCAGCAGUAGCAGCAGUGGAUCGUCAUCGGCGGCUUCCGAACCGACGGCCAAGCGGGCGCACGGCUUGGUGGGAUCCGGCGGCGACAAGUACGAUGCAGACGCGGCCGAGGCAGCGCACGAGGCGGCGCUGGCGGCCAAAGAAGCGGCGCGUGCACAAGACGAGGCCGAGCGCGAUGCACUGGCCGAGCGGAUUCGCCAGCGCGAUGAGGCACGGACGCGCAAGAUUGGCGAAGCGGCGGCAGCGGCGCAGCGGAGGGAGGAGGCGGAACGGCGCCGAAAGAUGGACGCCGACGAGCGACGCAAGCUGCUCGACGAGCUGCGCAAGAUCUCGCGCCGGUCGUACCUCGAAAUGCGCGAGGAUCGGCAGCUUGACGAGCUGGAGGCCAGCCUUCGCGAUGAGGAGAUGAUGUUCAGCAAGGGUGAGCUGACGGCGGACGAGCUUGCCGAGUACGAGAUCAAGAAGCAGCUGCUGGAGCUAGCUAAGCGCAAGAAGGCGCUGGAGGCAGCGACCUUGAGCUACGUCAUGCCAAAGGCGUACGUGACCGACGAGGGCAAGGUCGAUCUCAAGUCCAAGGCCGAGCUUCUCAAGGCGCGUUACGUCGAGCCGAGCGAGGCUGCGGGCAAGGUGACGAGCAAGGACGGGUUCUCGGAGCAGCAGGCGUGGGAGGAACUACAGAUUGCCAAGGCUGCAGCCGCGGGCGGCAACGGAGGCCCAGGUGCGCCGCGCGGAACCGAGAAGAAGUACGAGCUUCUUGUGGAGGAGGAGGACUACAUCGAGUUUGUGGUUGAUGCGGGCGACGCGCGGCUGGCGGGCGAGGGCGAGGUGCCCGAGCCGCCGAGCGCGGCCGAGACGCAUGCCAAGGCACACGCGUCGCUGCAAGAAGUGCGGCGCUCGCUUCCCGUCUACAAGUUCCGGGACGCCUUUCUCGACGCGGUGGACAAGCACAAGGUGGUGGUGCUGACGGGCGAGACUGGAUCGGGCAAGACGACACAGCUCCCGCAGUACCUGCACGAGCACGGGUACACCCGUGGCGGCAAGAUGAUCGGGUGUACGCAGCCGCGACGGGUGGCAGCCAUGUCUGUGGCAGCCCGCGUGGCCGAGGAGGCCGGCGUCACGCUUGGGCGUGAGGUUGGUUACUCGAUCCGGUUUGAGGAUUGCACAUCCGACGCGACGGUGAUCAAGUACAUGACCGACGGUAUGUUGCUCCGUGAGUUUAUGUCGUCGCCGGACCUCGGCGCGUACUCUGUGAUGAUUAUUGAUGAGGCGCAUGAGCGGACGCUUGGGACAGACAUUCUUUUUGGCCUCAUCAAGGACAUUGCGCGGUACCGUGACGACAUCCGGAUUGUCAUUGCGUCUGCGACGCUUGACGCGGAAAAGUUUUCUGACUACUUUGACAUGGCGCCGAUCUUUGCUAUUCCGGGGCGGCGGUACCCGGUGGACCUGUACUACACCAAGGCACCUGAGGCCGACUACCUGGACGCGGCGGUCAUGACGGUGCUGCAGAUCCACAAGUCGCAGCCGGCGGGCGACGUCCUGGUCUUCCUCACCGGACAGGCCGAGAUCGAGACGGCGCAGGCGGCGUUGGAGGAGCGCGGGCGAAGCGCGGGCUCAACAAUGGGCGAGCUCAUUAUUGCGCCGAUCUACGCCAACCUGCCUGCUGAGCUGCAGGCCAACAUCUUUGCUCCGACGCCCAAAGGCGCCCGUAAGGUUGUGCUCGCCACCAACAUUGCCGAGACCUCUGUGACAAUCGACGGCAUCCGGUACGUAGUCGAUCCCGGGUUUUGCAAGCAGAAGAGCUUCAACCCGCGGUCGGGAAUGGAGAGUCUGGUGGUGACGCCGGUCUCGCAGGCUGGCGCGCGGCAGCGUGCCGGACGUGCUGGGCGUGUGGCGCCGGGCAAGUGCUUCCGGCUCUUUACGGCGUGGGCGUUUGAAAACGAGCUCGAGCCAAACAACAUUCCGGAGAUCCAGCGGACGAAUCUGGGCAACGUAGUGCUGAUGCUCAAGUCGCUCGGCAUCGACGACCUCAUCCACUUUGACUUUAUGGACCCGCCGCCUGUGGAGGCGAUCACCAAGGCGCUGGAGCAGCUGUACGCGCUCGGAGCGCUCAACGACCGCGGCCAGCUGACCAAGCUCGGGCGGCGCAUGGCCGAGUUUCCGCUCGACCCGCAGCUGGCCAAGGCUAUCAUUGCCGGCGCCGAAUACGGAGUAGUCUCGGAGCUGGUGACCAUUGCGGCGAUGCUCUCGUCGGGCAACGCGGUGUUCUUCCGGCCCAAGGACAAGAUUCUGCAUGCGGAUGCGGCGCACAAGGCGUUCCACAAGGAUGGCGGCGACCAUCUUAUGCUGCUGGCGGUGUACAACGAGUGGGCGGCGGCCGGCUACUCGAAGAACUGGUGCAAGGAGUCGUUUGUGCAGUACCGGACCAUGUGUCGGGCGCGGGACAUCCGCGACCAGCUGCUUCACCUGCUCGACCGGGUUGAGAUUCCGCUCAACGAGGUGGAGACUGGCGACGAGGUCGCCAUCCGCAAGGCGGUCACUGCCGGGUUCUUUUUCAACACAGCGCGGUUGUCGCGGACCGGCGGCUCGUACAAGACGGUCAAGCAUCAGCUUGGCGUCUCCAUUCACCCGCAGUCGUGUCUCAACGAAAAGCUCCCGCGGUGGGUCGUUUACUUUGAGCUCGUCUUUACCUCGCGCGAGUUUAUGCGGCAAGUCAUCGAGAUCGAUCCAGGCUGGCUCACUCAGGUCGCGCCGCACUACUACAAGCCGAGCGACGUGGCCGAGGGCGAGCGGGCGGCGCGUAAGAUGCCGAAUGCAAAAGCGCGGGCGCGGGCGCAGGCAUAG